AUGGAACGCCUUGGCCAGCAAGCGCUCCGACGCUGCCGGGAGCAUGAUCCGCAGAAUUGUGCAAACACCAUGCAAGCAUACGGCGUGCCUGUGGUUGGGGGCAGCCCUGUGAUCGAUGCUUCAUCGAAGAGGGCCACGGAGGUUAUCAGCGAGUUUGCCUGUCAGUCCCUCGCCAACACAGGUUGGUCGCUGACAAACUCGAGCGCCACAGGCCAAGAGUUGCUCAGCUCAGUUGAGGUUCAAGUCGGAAGUCUCAUCAGCCGCUUCGACUCGUCGGACCAUUCGGAGAAGGAACUGCUGGAGUUCUCCAUGGGGCUUUUGGGUUUCUUCUGGGCCUUUGCCUUCCUCGAGGUCAGCUGUGCACUCCAUUCACGUGGACGGGCACUUUUGGCAGAGAUCGGACAGAUCCUGGACAGGAGUCUGCACAGGCGGCGGGUGGCACGAGCAGGCGUGGCGAGGCAGCAGGUCGCAGCAGGCUCGUUGGAAGCCAGGCAGCGCCCGCACUUGCUCACCUAG